UAGAUUUAAAUGAGAAUUUGACUUUUAAUAAGAUACAAUGGAGAAAAAGGAUUCAUGUAGCCGAUCCCACAUAGUGGGAUAAAGUCUUGAUGUUGUUGUUAUGCUUUUAUCAGCUUCCUCAUUCAGUUUUUGUGUUCAACCUGCAAACGACGAAAAACAAAAUUAGCAAACUUGCAUUUAAUUUCAGGGUAAAAGAGUAAUUUACUUUAAUAUUCAAACUGCCACGUAUCGCCGUGCCAGCCUACUCUCAUUAACUAACUAAUGCUACUCGUAGUUAAUUACCGUUAAAUUAUAACUCAUCAUUCCCGAAAUCUCGGAUUUGAAUUCGGCAAAGUAACUUUCGGUGCUUUGGGAAAAUUUACCAAUUUACUACGGUGGAAAAUGCUGGAUCGUCGUACAUCGUGCUUUGCGAUUCGUGUGAAUGAUUUAAUAAACGCGGGGAUUUUUUCUGCACAAAAUAAAACCGUUUUGGAAUCUCCGACUCGAAAUUAUUUACCCUCAAGCGUUCAUCCGCAUUUCCGUCUCAGCUCUCGCCGCUUUCAAGACGUAAAGAUAGAUUUGCGAACUCGUAAGCAUUGCGAUUCAAAAGGAGGAGAAGGAAGAGAUAACAGUUAUCCUCGUUCUUGUUACGGAUCGAAAGAAUUGUAGGCCUUUGAGCUUUUCAUAACAGAUCAACUUCAGCAGUGUUGUUUUGGAUAGAAUUAAAACUGAAGUGUCAUCUCACUCUUGUGAAAUAUGACCUAUCUCAAGCUGGGAAAGAAGCAGGCAAACACGGGAUCAUCAUCUGCUAUAAAGUCGAAGAAAUUGGAUGAAUCGUGCUCUCCUUCUGCACCUUCGGAGUCUAUAUGCACAUCAGAAGCCUCCGGAGAGGCUAGUUUGGAGUCUAAUGCGAUGCAUGCCAAAAUGAACAUUCUAGUUCAUAAUGAUAGUAUUGAUGAUCUAUUGGAGUGUCCAAUUUGCAGCAAUUCGAUGUUUCCACCAAUCCAACAGUGUCCUAGUGGCCACACCUUGUGUUCUGCCUGCAAAAGCAGAGUGAAUAAUAAGUGCCCUAUUUGCAGAAAGGAUAUUGGCAACAUAAGAUGCUUAGCUCUGGAGAAACUUGCAGUUUCUCUGUGCUUGCCAUGUACCUACCAUCAGCUGGGAUGUGAACAAAUGUUUCCUUAUUAUAGUAAGGUUGUGCAUGAAUCACAAUGCUCAUAUAGGCCUUAUUCAUGUCCUCAUCCAGGCCAGAACUGCCUCUUCACAGGAGGCAUUUCAUCUCUUUUGUCACAUUUGAGGGAUAGUCAUGAGGUGGACCUGCAAAAUGGCUGCACCUUUAAUCAUCGCUAUGUGAAACAAGACCCAUGUUCAGUUGAAAAUGUUACAUGGACACUAACUCUUUUCAGCUGCUUUGGCCAGUACUUCUGUCUGCACUUUGAAGCUUUCCCGCUAGGAUCUCAACCAGUUUACAUGGCCUUCCUCAGAUUCUUGGGGGAUGAAGAAGAAGCGAGAAAGUUUGGGUAUUGCCUUGAGGUAGGAGGCAACGGUCGGAAAAUGACGUAUCAGGGUGUGCCGCGGAGCAUCCGGACUCACCAUAAGACGGUCCGCGACAGUUAUGAUGGGCUCAUUGUGCAGAGGAGCCUUGCCCUCUACUUCUCAGGCGGCGACCAGAAAGAGUUGAAACUGAGAGUUACAGGAAGGAUCUGGAAGGAGAUAUAGGAAUAUAGAUGUGUAGAGGAGACCACCUGAUAGGGAAUAAAUAAUCUGAUACGCAUUUAGUGAGUAUUAGUUUGUUAAUUAUGAUUAUUUGGCUAUCUUAAUGUUUCUUGUAGGCUAUAAAUAUGCCUCUUAAGAGGAGUUGGGGCAUUGAAAACAAGAUGUGAAAUCUAAAUCCUCUUCUUGGAGCUUUAGAUAGUUUUGGCAAUGAGUGGUUGGAGUUUCACAUCUUGUUCUCGAUGUCUUAUCUCUUCCUCUUAAGAGAAGGUAGGGCAUCAAAAAUAAGAUGUGAAGCCUAAAUCCUCUUUUUGGAUCUUAAUAUUUUGGGCAAUACAGGGUGCCCUUAAUUUCGACAAAGAGGUGCUGGAGUUUUACAUCUUGUUUUCAAUGCCCUAUCUCAAAUUAUUAGUUGCGGAUACCGGACGGAGAGAAUUAUCCGGAUUUCUCUUUGUCUACAGUAAAAGCGCAGUCAAAGUGCAGUUAAAGCGUAUCUGCUACAGUAGAGCACAGCUGCUAUAGUAACUGCACUUUGACUACGCUUUUAUUAUAGAGAAAGAGAAAUUCGGAUGAUUCUCUCUGUUUGAUGUCCGAACCUAAUAAUUUCUCCUUCAUAAGAGGUUUUAUUAUAACCCGUUAAAAAUAUUAAGAUAGCAUAAUAACUCUAAUUAAAAAAUUAAUACCCAUUAAUUAUUUUUUCCCUAUCUCUACCCUCAUCAUAAUUUUGUGAUUAAUUAUUUUGUGCGGAUACGAACGCUGUCAAGAGACCAAUCAGAAUGCGUCAUGUCAUCCCUGUGCUUGGUAUUUCUCGGUACCGCUCAGUACUACUGACGUGGUGUAUAUAGUUGGUCUCCGGACAGUGUUGUCUCCGCACAGAAUAAUCUCUCCAAUUUUGUGGGCUGUACAGUAUAUUCAUGUUUGCGCUGGAAACAGUGUUAUACUCAGGAUCUCAGUUGUAGUAAUAUGUUCUCAUUCUAGAAGCUUUUCCUCUCUUUUUUUUUU